AUGAGUAAUCAGAAGCAAGAGAACAUAAUUGAUGAGAAGGAUGUAGGAUUUAUUCUCAGCUACGGGAGAAACUACUAUACAGAUGGAAUAAUUGAGAAAGAAGAGGAGAUAAAAAGACUUUUCGAGCAGAUAGGCUUGAAGCUUGGAACAAAGGAAGUGGAGACUGGACUAGCACCUCCAAUGUGCUGGGAUCUUCUUGGCGAUAGAAAUAGGAUUCAAAGUGAGCCUAAUCUACAGGUUGCGCGAGUUUGCAAGAUUCUUGACGGAUAUCAUGAAGCAAGGUAUAUGAUAGGAAUUAAGAUGAUAGCAAAAUUUAUUGUAGGAAAGUCAAAGAGACUUGAUGCAAGCCUAAUACAAGAAGGAAUGAGGGUUGGAGUGGACAGAAACAAGUACCAGAUUGUAUUGCCGCUUCCAAGAAAAAUAGAUGCAUCUGUAACAUUGAUGCAGGUUGAGGAAAGACCAGAUGUGACGUAUAACGAUAUAGGAGGAUGCAUUGAAGAAAUAGAGAAGAUAAGGGAAGUUGUUGAAGCGCCUCUGCUGAAUCCGGAGAAGUUUGUUGCGUUAGGAAUUGAUCCUCCAAAGGGCGUUCUGCUCUAUGGCCCUCCAGGAACAGGAAAGACAUUGCUGGCAAGAGCAGUUGCUAACAGGACAAAUGCAUGCUUUAUCCGGGUAAUUGGGUCAGAGCUUGUGCAGAAGUAUGUAGGGGAGGGAGCUAGGAUGGUUAGAGAAAUUUUUAGUAUGGCGAAGGGGAAGAAAGCAUGUAUAAUUUUUUUUGACGAGGUUGAUGCAUUUGGAGGAACCAGGUUUGAUGAUGACGAUGACAACGAGGUGCAGAGGACAAUGUUGGAGCUAAUAAAUCAGCUGGACGGAUUUGAUCCGCGAGGUAAUAUAAAGGUUCUGAUGGCUACCAAUAGGCCAGACACUCUUGAUCCCGCACUUCUUCGUCCAGGAAGACUUGAUAGGAAAGUUGAGUUUGGAUUGCCUGAUCUUGACGGAAGGACAUCGAUCUUGAGAAUACAUGCAAAGACAAUGAGUGUAGAUAAAAGCAUUCGGUUUGAUUUGAUUGCAAGACUAUGUAGCAAUGCAACAGGUGCCGAGCUAAGAAGUGUAUGCACAGAAGCAGGAAUGUUUGCAAUACGAGAGCGACGAAAGAUUGCAACGGAGGACGAUUUUUUGAAGGCUGUUGAUAAGGUUGUUAAGGGGUAUGCGAAGUUUUCAUCGACGCCAAGGUAUCUUACAUACAACUGA